UGUCAGGGAUAUUUUCUACGCCGCUUUAUCCGGUCACACUUAAAAGUUCGACAAGACGCUUUGUGCUCGAAAUUUGGAUCCAGAGUUUUUUCGAAUACUAUGACAAUUUCCCAUUGAAUUCUUAAGACUCAAAGUGCAGUGCGUCUUCUAAUUCAACAGCGUUACGAAUAUUUCUUGAUAACCAAGGUAAUUUCGUGAUUGGACAAUGUCCAGUGAAGCAUCCGGUAGUAUAACCAUCAAAGAAGAAGCGUCUACAAGCGGUACGGCCACCAAUAUUCCCGUAGAAUCCAGCGAAGUAGAGGCUAAGAAACCCGAGAUCGGAGCUGACAAGGCGGAAUCGCAGAGCGAAACCACCGAGUGCGGGAAGGCGGCGGAGACGUCGGAGAACCACUUGAAGCGUCUGCAGAAUCUGCGCAAGGAAUUAAGCUAUCUCAGCGAAACCGACUGGAUGUACGAGAGUCUCGACAGAAAAGCAGCGCAGUAGGAACGGCAGAGAAUCUAUCGAGCAAAAAUGUUCACAUACGUUAGCAAGUUUUUCACGAACCCGGAUCGUAACCGGGAGGAUAUCGUGGAAAGUUUGAAUCGGGAGAAUAGCUUUUUAGACCGAAAACUAAUGGAGGAGAAGAUGGAUCAACAGCUCAAGGCGAAU